AUGAAUUAUGAAGAAGAAAUAUUUUGGAAAGUUAUAAAAAAUAAAUUAUUAUUUAAAAUUAUUAUAAAAUUUAUAAAUAAUAAAGAUUAUUCCAUUAGUUAUUUUCCAAAAAGUAAUGAAUUUCCACCCCAGCAUUCAAUUGAAUGGUUAAUAUGUAAUAAUAAGAAAUCAAUAUUAGAAUAUAAAAUUAAAAAUCACCAUUAUUUAGCAUUGGGUAAAAAUCCAAUUUAUGGAAAAUUUUAUAAAAUAUUUUCAAUUUUUUCAAAUGAUAAAUAUGAUCCAAUUUUAUAUAGAUCAUUAAUUUAUAUGUUUUCAGAUUAUUUCCAUCCAUUAUCAAAAGAUCUUCAAGAUAGAAUCAAUGAAGCCAUUGAAUCAAAUAAUUUAAAUGUUUUAAAAGUAAUGUGUGAUCCAAAUGGUCAAUGUAAACAUCAACCAACUGUAAAUGAUUAUAUUCUUUCAUUAAAGAAUAAUAAAUUUGAAAUUGCAUUAUGGAUUGGUGAAACAUUUCCAGGUAUUCACCAUAUUUUUGAAUAUAGUAAAUUAAAGUCAACUCAAUUAUUUAAAACUCUAUUUCAAUUUAUUGAUAAUUAUAAACAUCGAAAUGAAGUAGAAUUUAAUAGAUUUACACUUUUUAAAAUAAUUAAAAAUUUAUUAAAUAAUUGUCAAUUUAGUUAUUCAGUUGAACAAGUUCAUAAUAUGGAAAUAUUAAAACAAAAUCUUUUCAAUGUUUGCCCAAUUAAAAAUGGUUGGUCAAUUGAAAAUUUAUUAAAUUCUUGUGAAUUAAUUUUAAAAUUUAAUAAUAUUUUUAUCAAAUUAAAAGAAGAAAAUGAAAAUGAAAAUGAAAAUUUAGAAGAUUUUGAACUUGAAAAACAACAAGAAGAAAAAGAAAAAAAUGAAAAAAAUGAACAAAAAGAAAAAUUAAAAAUCAAAUUAUUAAAUAUCAAAUUUUCAAAUUAUCAAAAAUCUUUAUUAUUAAAUAAUGAAAUUAAGGAAUUUUCUAUUAAAUUAAAAAUUAGAAAAUUAUUAAAAAUUUAUUUAUCUUCACUAGAUACUAUGAUUUUAGAUGCAAUAAUUUCAAAUGAACCACUAUAUAAGAGUUGGUAUGCUAUUUAUGAUAAUAGUUUAGAUGUUGGCAAUAGUCAAGAUGAUGAUGGUGUUGAUUUCACUCCAAAUGACCAAAUUACUAUAAAAAAUGAUAGUAAUGAAAACUUUCAUUGUAAUUCACAUUUAGAAGCAUUAAAAAAUGGUGAUUUUUUAUUAUUAGAAAAAUGGUUUAAUGAAAAUCAAGAUGAGAUUCCACUUAUUCAAUUAUUAAAAGAUUUAAAUACAAUUUCAAUUUUCUAUAAAGAACCAUUGUUAAUCUUUUCAAAUUGUAAUGGAAAUGAUAGUGAAAGUAAAAGUAAAAGAUUGGAUUUUAUAAUUUAUCUUUUAUAUGAAUCGAAUAUUUUACAAGAUCAUUUAUUAAAUCCAUGGUUAUUAUUUUAUGAAUUAAUUAAAGAAGAAAAAAAUUCAAUUUUCAAUCAAUAUAAAGAUGAAUAUUUAGAUCUUGGUAAUUUGGUAAAUAAUGAAAAUGCAAUAAAAUUAAUUCACCCUUAUUUCCCUUGGGGUUCAAAUGAAAUUGCUCAAAAUACACCAUACUGGAAUUUCAAAGAAUGGAGAAAAAAUGGAAGAGUAGAUUUAUUUGAAGUUAUUGAAUCAUUUGUUCCAAAAGAUUUACGUAUAGUUUAUUCAACAAACACUGAAAUUGGGUUCUAUGGUAAUGAAUUAUUAUGUUUAUUGAAUUCACUUUCAAAACCUCAUCUCUAUGAAAUUCCAACACCAAGAAAAAUUUUAUUUAAAGUUGAUGAAGAAACAACUACUGAAGAUAUUGGUUUUAUAAAAUUAAUUAUAUUAGAAACUUCUGAUCAAUAUGAAUAUUGUUUCACAAACUUAAAGAAAGGAGGUUUUGAAAUUAUUGGAGAGAAUUUUGUAGAAUUUUUUGAUUGGUUUUUUAGUAAUAGACAAAAUGAUAUUACCACCAAUAAAUUUGUUCAUCCAAAUAAAAAAACUUGGUUAAUGACAAUGAAAUAUAUUUCUGGUGGUGAACAUUUUAAUGAAUACUUUACAAAUUUAAAUUCAACUCAAUUCUUUGAAAAUGAAAUAAUUAAAAAUCAAAUUUUUGAUUUGGUGGCAAAGUUUGGUGAUAUUCAUUUUAUUGAUAAAAUCAUUAAGUACUAUUUUAAUGGUAUCUUUCCAUUAGUAGAGGUUGAAAAUAAUUCAAUCACUGAUUCUUUCUAUAGAUUAAUUCUUUCAACAAUAUCAAAUGGUCAUUUAAAAUUAUUAGAAUAUUUUAAUUUUAAUUUUAAAUCAACUUUUUUUAAAUCAUCAUUAUUUAAUCAAAUUAAAUUAAAUAUUAUUAAUAAUAAUCAAUUAGAAUUCUCUCAAUAUAUUUUUAAUUUAAAAUUAAAUUAA